UGAAACAAGCUCUACGCAUCACCAGCGCGAAGCAGCGGAAUCAGUGGCGCUGCAACUGCUGCGGCAACUGGACGGGGCCCAACGCUCCGCCUGCAUCGGCCGCCCGCUGCUGUCGCCGGGGCCCUGGCUGUCGCGAGACCAGACCAACGGCACCGAGAUCCUAGAAGCGCGCGACUCGUCCCCCGAGAGCGAGCCCGACACGAUGUGGAAGCCGGCGCACGAGGCGCGCCUCAGGGAACACUGUGCGCGACUUAAAGCAGAGACUGUGUCGCUGCGGGCCACGCACCAGCCGAGGCUGUUCUCAUAUCAUGAUAUCGACGAAGAAGACAUACAGAAGUCAACCACAGGAGCCUUCAGCAUGGCUGAAAUGGAAGCCGCCGUUAUGAUGCAGGAAAUGUUAGCGGCGCGCGAAGCCCGGACCAGUUCCAAUCCUCACUCGCACCACUCACACCAUUCGCACCACGACCACCCGGACUAUAAGAGCGAGCCGCCGCGCAGUCGGCGCCGCGACCGCGCCCGCCGCCGCGCGCGAGCCUCCGAGACCGCGCUCUAGCGGGACAUG